AUGGUUGUGAUUUGUGAAGUAUUGCGAUGUUCUUGUCCUGAUUAUUGCAGUGACGUUGGGAGGGUUUUCGUAACGGGGUAUGACAUCAAUCUUUCACGUUAUGAUGUCGAUGGAGCGUUGAGAAAACUCUUCUCAUCAUGUGGACUGAUUACUGAUAUUUGUAUCCGCCGAAGGGAUGAAAAACUCUUAAGGCGUGCUGUUGUUUAUAUCGUGGGAGAAGGCGCAGCAGAAAAGGCGUUGAAACUUGAUGGAAGUGACGUGGGAGGAUGGAAGGCUGUUGUGAAGCCUUAUCCUUUUCUGAAAGAUGCAGGCCAUUCCAUUGACGUUUCUGUUACUGGAUAUGAAAAAUUGCUUAGUGAGAUUGAUAUCGAGACUGCCUUGCGUGAACAUUUCUCUUCAUGUGGAAAGAUACGUUACGUCAAAAUUUCCAAUAGGUUUACUAAAGCUGAAUUAUCUAUUGUUGGAGAAGAUGCGCAAGACAAGGUGUUUGAACUUGAUGGAAGCCACAUGGGUGGACGCAAAUUACUUGUUGAGGUUGUUUGUGGGGGAGUCAAAACGUUCCACGCAAUGCGUCACUGUGGCCUAGUACUUAACAUGGAUGUCAAGUCGCAAAGCUCUUUACUAUGA